AUGCACCAGCCCGCCAGCCGUCCCUGGGACGGCCGCCCCGCCCUGCCCGCGAGCAAGCCCGUGGUGAAAAAGGAAGAUGCGUCGCGAAGUGACCAGACGGAGCUGGUGGUCUGCUUGGAGCGCAGGGGAGAGGGCUGGGGCGAAGAGAUCCUCCCUCACCUGCAUGUAGAGCGUCGGCCUGUGAGUCCCGCUGCCAAGCACUGGCCGGUGCAAAGCAAAGAAGAGGACACGCCCGGCGCACUGGAGGAGUCCCUGCUCUCCUUUGGAGUUCCCCUCGCCGAAGUGACACGCUGCGUUCGGGUUGCGGUGGCAUGGAGGGUGACUCCCAACGGCAGGCCCCUGGUGGACAGGCGGCGCUACUCCCGCCUCCGCAGGAACGUGCAGAUCGUGUCUGACUACCUCCAGUCCUCGUGCCAUAUCGCGCCAGGGCCAGAGGGCGUGGGCGCCGUCUUCUCCCGCUUCCCCCUGGUCAUGCUCUGCAAGCCCACGACAGGGGAUCGCUGGGAUCGGCGCGCGGUCGAGCUGGCGGCCUUCAUCUACACGCACGGUCACUGCCAAGUGCCCCUGAGGUAUGAGGCCAGCCCUGACCUGGGACCGUGGGUGAGGAGGCAGCGGCUCCUGCGCUGCACCAACCAGCUCUCGCACGACCGGUUGCUGCUCCUGCAAUCGCUGGGCUUUGAGUUUGGGGAGGUUGCCCAGCUGACCGAGGAGUGGGAGGUGCAUUUUGACCAGCUCUUCGAGCUGAUUCUCUGGCACCGAGGGCAGCAGCGGCCCUUCCCCUGGCUAGGCCUGGGAUGGAGCUGCUUUGGGGGCAGUCAGGGAUUGGAGCUGGCCAGGUGGCUCAUCCUGCAGCGGGAGUACCACAGGCGGCGCAUCCUGCCGCAGUCUGCGCUCCAGAGGUUUGAAAUCCUGAACAUCCAGUGGCACCCCACGUCCACCUCUCACCCCGACUACGUCUGGUUGAGCAAGUUUGGGCAGCUCCUGUACCACAUCGAGCACCAGAGGAUGAGCCAGGCACGGCGGCUGGCCGCCUCCGAUGCGGUGCUCGACCCCGGACUCGGCUUCUGGCUCUCCCGCCAGCGCUGGCUGUGGGCGCGCGGGCGCCUGGACCGCGCCCGCGCGGAGCUGCUGCACGUCUCCGGCGUGGAUCUGGACGUCGGCGGGGCCAUGUCCUCACGCGACUGGCAGCAGGCCGCCGUCGACGCGGCCGCCUUCUUGGGCACCGCUGACAUCGCUCUCCCCGGGGGCGCAGAGCGGUGGGCCUCCGUCGCAAGCCCUGGCCUGAGGCAGGAGGGGAAGGAGGGCCCGCUGGCGGGCCCCUCCCAGGCCUGGACGGGGUCCACGCGCGCUGCGCCCGGCGCCGGGCGCAGCGCCCAGGGCGGCAGCCGCAGAAUGGCGGUGGUGCGCUGGGCGCGCUCGGUGCUGGCCGCGUACCGCGAGGGCGUGCUGUCCCCCGCGCAGCGGCGCUUCCUCGCCUUCCUGGACCUGUCCUGGGUGCUGGAGGCAGGCGAGGCGCGGGCGGAGGGCGAAGCCGAGGAUGCCGCGCUGCAGGCCUGGCGGGGGAGGCUGGCGGCGGCGGCGCGGGGUCUCACCCCGUCGCGCGAGGCCCGGCUCUGGCUCCGGCGGCAGCGGGCGCUGGGCACGCUGGGCCUGCUGCCACCUGCGCAGGCCGCCCUGCUCAGGGGUUUGGGCGUCGGGGAGGGGGAGGGCAGGAGCGCUGAGGACCUGGAGUGGGAUGCCAUGCUCAGCAGGUGGCUCGUCCUAUCCUCCUGGACCACGCCGCUCCGGGCAUCCGAGCUGCCCUCCGUGGACCCCCAGCUGGCGGCCUGGGUGGAUCUCCAGGUCCACCCCGACACGCAGCUACCCAAGGAGAAGCUGGCUCAGCUGGAGGCCAUCGGCCUCGGGCGGGGCUGCAGGCCGGCCGCGGCGCGGCGACCCCUCAAGCAGCUGGCAUGA